AUGAAUGAUCCUGGGAGUUUCACUAUCCCGUGUUUGAUUGGUAGUUUGUCGGUCAGCAAUGCAUUGGCUGAUCUUGGAGCUAGCAUAAACCUCAUGCCAUAUGCGGUUUUUGCUAAGCUAGACUUGGGCGAGCCCAAGCCGACUCGUAUGAGCAUUCAGCUAGCCGACCGUUCAGUGAAGUACCCUCGAGGCAUAGUUGAGAACAUGCUGGUGAAAAUCGACAAGUUUGUCUUUCCUGUCGAUUCCGGGAUUCUAGACAUGGAUGAGGACAAAAAUGUUCCACUUAUCUUAGGUCACCCAUUCCUAGCCACUGCGAGAGCCUUGAUUGAUGUCUGCACCGGUAGACUUACUCUUAGGGUUGAUGAUGAGGAGGUUACCUUUGACAUUGGGAAAUCCAUGCAACACUCACAAAGUCAAGAUGAUACACUCUACUUUAUUGAGACUAUCAAUACAUAUGUGAGUGAUCAUCUUUAUGCUACAUUUGAGGAGGAUGUUAUGGACACACAGCUUCUAGGAGGGGAGAUUUUUGGUUCACCCAGUGUGGACCGAAUGGUUGAGGAGGUGACCUGUCUGAUAGGUCACACGUCUCCCCCGUGUCCCGAGGUUUUUGAGGUUGUGGAUCGCGUUACAGAGCCUAAAGCGCGCCUUUCUAUUGAGGAUCCACCUUCGGUUGAGCUUAAGGAGCUUCCAGAUCAUUUGGAGUAUGCUUUCUUGGAGGGUGAGACCCAUUUGCCCGUUAUCAUUUCUGCUGGAUUGUCAAAAGAAGAAAAGGAUUGA